AUGUCGUCGCGCCAGCCAAGAUUCAACCAGCACACGCUGAUCGACACCACUCCUCUACCCGACGACAUCCCCAAGGUCCAAGAAGUUGGUGCCAGUUCCGCUCCUCUGCUCUCGGCCUCCUUCUUCAUUGGCGCAAGAUGCAAGACAUACAAUGACGACUACAUGAUGUGCAAGGCCGAGGCCAACGGAAAGGGAGAGCUUGACUGCUUGAAGGAGGGUCGCAAGGUCACCAGAUGCGCCGCCAGCGUCCUGAGCGACAUUGACAAGCACUGCCUCGAGGAAUUCAGAAAACACUGGUCAUGCUUGGACAACAACAACCAGCAGCUGUGGCAGUGCAGAAGAUACGAGAGACCUCUCAACAAGUGUGUCUUUGACAACCUGAAGUUGGAGAAGACCAUCCCCGGAACCCCGGCAAACGAGAUUCCAGUCCACGAGCGCAAGAGACAAACAUACGCUCACCACAAGACCUUGACUUGA